AGCAGGAUCCAAGAGCAAAGGUUCGUCAAAUCCGUGGAAGCGUGCGGCGGACAGAAUUUUGGUUUCUGUGUGGUGCAGUUUGCGCUAUCACUCAAGCAAACACCACCACGGUCCUCAAACUUUCUUCCUUCCUAUCCAACAACCGAACCGCCCUAAUGAUCUAACGACGAAAACGAAUAACAACAAUAUUGAUCAAUAUCUUGUCGGGAAAGGAGCCCAAGAUGGCACGAACUUUACUUCUCUGUUUUAUCCACGGCUUCAAGGGAAACGACAACACCUUCCAGGACUUUCCAGAGGACUUGAAACGCGCCGUCGCCAAAGAGCUGCCGGGCCAGAAUGUUCAAUCGGUCGUUUACCCCAAGUACGAGACAAAGGGGGAGCUCGACCAGUGCACAGAGCAGUUCUUGGGAUGGCUCAAGGAACGGGUGAUGGAAAUUCGCAAGGUCCACAGCGAGAAACCAUGGCCGCCGAGUGAUCGCGACGUCGGCGUCAUUCUCGUCGCGCAUUCGAUGGGAGGGUUUGUGGCAUCGGACACGCUAUUUCGGAUCCUCGACGAACGCAGAAAAGAUCCUGCCGAGAAGAAAGGCACCGAGGCUAUCGAUGGCGACGAGACAAGCAACGGCGCCGAGCAAGAUGACGACCCCAAAAGGCCACUCUUCCCUCUGAUACAGGGCGUCCUCGCGUUCGAUACCCCCUACAACGGACUGGCGAGAUCCAUGUUCGUUUACGGCGCCUUUAGCAACUACAACAAGGUCAGCUCCGUCUUCAACGUCAUGACGGCCCUGGCCGCCGCCCCCGCCGGCUUGUCCAAGCUCGCGGUCAAGCGCGCCACCAAGGCCGCCACGUCUGUUUCGCGCGCCUCGGCCGUCGCGAACCCGGGCUGGAAGGCGUGGCAGCUGCUGGCGGUCCGCACGGGCACCGUCGGCGCCAUAGCCGCCGGGGGCGUGGCCGCCUACGUGCACCGCAAGGAGAUCGCCGCGGGCCUGCGCAGCGUCCGCGACCUGGACCGCGCCACCAUCGCCGAGGGGUACCAGCGCGGCGUCGGGGCCCUGGGCCAGGGGCUCGCGUACAUCAAUCGCGGCAACGUCGGCAAGUCGUACGCCUGGCUGGCGGACCACUUCACCUUCGUCGGCGCCCUCGUCAAGCCCCGCGAGCUGGAGCACCGCCUCGGCCGCCUGGCCGCGCUCAGGGGCAUUGGCGUGUGCGACGUGUAUGCGUCUCUCGGAGAGAACGGGUACUGGAGCGGGGGCUACUUCGUCCCUGAGCGGACCUUUUGCGCCGUUCCGGGCCCUGAGGCGCCAGCCGCCGGCCUGUUUGACCGACGCGUCGUCGAGGGCGGGGAGGACGAGGUGGAUACGCACAUGGCCAUGUUCAAGCCUGACAAGAACACAGGGUAUGACGACAUGACGGGGCGCGCUGCCAAGCUGGUCGCGACCUGGUUCAACAGUGACGAGCCCCUGUUUGAUGACCCAAAGUUCGCCGAGGACAAGGUGGACACGGCCGAAGAGAGCGAGGAAAAGAAGAUCACGGUCACGGACGACGGAGUCGCAGUCUCUGAUGCCGCCCCGGAGGUGUCAUCCGAAGUCGAAAAGAAAGCCGGCAUGGACUCUACCGAGACGGCGGAUUCUGGUGCUGGAGGAGACGGUGAUGCCGCUGCGAGCAUCGAGCUUCCUGACGAGUCACCCAUCGACAUCGCGGCGGCCGCGUCGCUUGUGCCCCUUCCAGACGACCGAGAAGGCUCGCCCGAUGGCCAGGCAGUCCCGGAUGAGAAGGAGAGGCAGACUUAUCUGCGCCACCUCUUUGGCGUCGCAGAGCAGGCCGGCACAGGUCUCAAGGCGGCCACGGCGACGUGGUCCUCCCGCCUGCCAACGAAGCUCCCGGCGAUGGAGCAGAUCCCCCUGCCGUCGAUGCCUAGCAUGCCAUCCAUGCCCUCGGUACCGAAGCCAAGCAUGCCGACAUUUUCCCUGUUCUCCAAGAAGCAGGGCUCCAAGGAUCAGCUCACCGGGCAGGCAGCUGACCAGACGGUCGGCGCUGCGGACGGCAGGGGUGAUCAGCCGGGGAAGAGUGUUGGGCAAGAUACUGACCCCUCUACUUGAGGAUCCCGGGUGGAACGUGUUUCGCGGCAGGGGCUAUGAAAUGGCGGUCGACACUGGCCAAGACUGGUGACACUGGCAUAAUACCCCUUCCAAGUUGUGGCCAUCUGGGCCGAAGUGCUUGUUACGAUUCUAGAAUUUGUCACAAUGGCCUUGAUCUUGCUUCCCACGCUUCCUUAGCGUUGUCUCCUUUCCCCGGACAGUGUGC